CGAUCGUCGGCCUUCUGCGCAAAGGCCACACCGACACCUUCCCCGACGCGUUGUGAGCCGGUGCGAUGGGCGGCAGGCUGACCCGCAUGCUUAGCAAGUUUAACGUGGAGAACCGAGCGUACCGGGAAAUCAGCAAGAGCAAACCCAGACCUGCCCCGCACCACCCCGCCGCAGCAGCGCCGGAUUGGUCUGCCAGUUUCCAAGAAGAGAUAAAGAAAAAAGAUGAAAAGCUUCUUACUUUAUUAAAGGAUGUCUAUGUUGAUUCCAGUGAUCCAGGCUUGCAAAGGAAAAAAAAAGGGAGAAAUCUCCCACAUAAGCAGGAGGAUUACAGGCCGGUAAUAGAUGGACAGUUCAAUUAUCUGGACAUUCAGACUGUUCCCAAAGGCAAAGUCUUGAUAGAAGAAGCCUUGACUCUUCUCAACAACCAUCAGCGCUCUCCAGAGACAUGGACUGCUGAGAAAAUAGCAGAGAAAUAUUCUUUAGAACUGAAGGAUGUGAAUAACCUUUUAACAUUCUUCAUCCCAUUUGUAAUGGAUUUCCUUCCUUACAAAGACUCAAAAACCCUGGACUCCAAAUAAAAAUUUCAAACACAACUCUAGAGGGUUUGUCAGUAUUCAACCAUAAUUACAUACCUGUAGGAAUUCUUCCUCCCCCAUCAAUCAAACAUAUGCAUUUUCAAUAGUGUCUGCAUUUUCUUUAGCACAUCUAUAAUCAGCAAACCAACCUGAUGAUGGAGCUAUGAAGUGCCAGGUGGGGGAGAUGUGCCCACAGCCAAUUAUGCAGUUUUCUUAAAUAUUCUAAAAAUGUUGGCUGCCUCAUGGAUGAUAUAUUGCAAAGCAUGUGUUCAUUACUCAGAAUCAGACAAUAAAAGUGCAGGUUCUUUGCACCUGAUUCAGCUGGAGCUCUGCAGAAGCUUUUGACCUAAUAACAUUCUGCAAAUAGCUUUCAAAACAGAUUCGUAUCUUCCUUAUGAUAAAUUGCCAUUGCAUAUCUGUAGUUCUCAUAUUUGAUCAACAAAGGAGUAUGCAUACAAGAUUAAAUUUAAGGAUGGCAUUCUUUUAAUUUUGAGUUUAUUACCCGUGUUAGAAACAAAGACAGUUUGAGGCAAAUGCUGUUUUUCCCAUGUUUCAGUGACUUGAUCCUAAUUCUAGUUAUUCUUCCUUAGUACCUUGUUUCAGUUUAAUAUUCUAUUGUUAAUUAUUGGCACCAUUCCAUGAAAUCUGUCUUAGCUGCUAAGCUUGCUUUAGCCUCUCAGUGAAGGCCUAUAAUUGAUAACUAUUAAAGGUUCAGCAU